AUGUGUUGCUGCUGCAACCUAUCUCCGACUGCGAAGCGACUCUGGGCAAUUGGCGGAGCCUCCGGGGUUUGUGUUUUCGCUCUCGCCCUCGGUUUCCUGUGGCCCGUUCUGGUAUGGGAGAUUGCCAAGAAUGAGUUUGUGCUGGAACCCGGAACCCAAGUGUACGACAACUGGAUUGAUCCUCCUAUCGAUAUGUACCUCGAGUUGUAUCUUUGGAACUGGACCAACGCCGAGGACUAUCGGCAGGUGGAAAACUAUAAGCCGCAUCUGGAGCAGCUGGGUCCUUACACGUUCGUCGAGCGCCACGAACGGGUCAACCUGCAGUGGAACGAUAAUGACACGUUAACGUUCCAGCAGAAGCGCAUCUGGCAUCAUGUGCCCGAAAAAUCGGUCGGAAACUACGAAACGGACCGUGUAAUCACAAUCAAUCCAGUGCUGUUGACUGUAGGGUACGCGCUUCGAGAUGAUCCUAUUUUGCUGGGGUUUCUGGAUGGAAUAAUCAUGCUUAAUCAGUUCGCAAGCUCCCCCUUCUACGACGUGUUGGUGAGGGAAGUGAUCUUCGAUGGGUACGAUGAUCCCUUGCUCAAGAACCUGUUGCUUUUGCUCGAUCUCCUGCCAGAGGAUCAACGGCCACCGAUCACGCUGCCACCAUACGACAUGUUUGGCUGGUUCUUUGGACGUAAUGAUAGCGAAACGUACGACGGCACGUUUACGAUCGGCACUGGGGCUGAUCACGUCCAGAAUACUGGCGUUAUGCGCCUAUGGAAUGGGGCGAAUCGUACCGAACACUAUCGAGGCGUGUGCGGUAUGAUCCGAGGGACGACCGGAGAGGUGUGGCCACCGUUUGGACGACUGCGGGGUACUCCGCCAAACGUGACGGUGUUUGCACCGGAUGUGUGUAGCUCUGUGACGUUGCAGUACCUAGACGAGAUCGAAAGGCAUGGUAUCGACGGUUUGCGAUGGAUCGGUAACGACCGAGUGUUUGAUAACGGCGUACACUACGAGGAGACGGCCUGCCAAUGCACAGCGGCGGAGGAAAACUGUCCAGUGCUCGAUAAUGGUGCGAUGGAUGUGUCGGAGUGCAAGUUCGGAGCGCCGGCCACAGUGUCGUUCCCGCAUUUUUACCUCGCAAACGACAGCUAUCUGACCGGCAUCACGGGCAUGCAGCCUGAUCCGAACGAGCACCGAUUCGAAAUGGAGCUGGAACCGUACACCGGCGUACCGCUAAGUGUUAGGGCGCAGCUUCAGGUUAAUCUCGAUUUGCGCAACUACGGACUUACACUGUUGAAUGACAUUCCGCCAGUAAUGCUGCCCGUGCUCUGGUUCCGACAGACUGCAGGCCUUACAGAGGAUUUAGCGGACGACAUAAAGCUGUUACUAUUGCUGCCCGACAUCGGGUUGUACAUUGCGUGCGCAAUCGGUGCCAUUGGAAUCAUCGGCUUGCUGCUUGCGAUCUACUUCUCUGUGACCCGGUGGAAACCUUCCGUGUUUUCUCAGCCGACACUGCCCACACAUCCAUCCACAGACGAUAAGAGCAAAUGA